CAAAAACUUUCCCUGCCCAUAAUUCAUUGGCUUUCCCCACAUGAAAUGGGAUAUGGAGAUUGAAGAAAUAGAAGCUGUUCUCGAGAAAAUCUGGGACCUGCACGAUAAACUGAGCGACGCAAUUCACUCAAUUUCUCGUAUCCACUUCCUCAAUUCCGUCAGAAACCUCAGGAAGUCCGAUAAGAAGAAACCCAGCAACGACGCAGCUGAAGAGAACCGGUCUGGGUUUGUCUUCGUCAAGGACUUCCGUGUCUAUGAUAAUGACUCCGCGAUUCAAGAAGCCAAGAGUCUCAACGCUAUCAGGACUGCUCUCGAGAACCUCGAGGAUCAGUUGGAGUUUUUCCAUACUGUACAAAUACAACAGCGUGCGGAGAGAGAUGCUGCAAUUGCUCGGUUAGAACAAAGCAGGAUUGUUCUUGCAAUGAGAUUAGCAGAGCACCAUGGUAAGAAGUACAAAGUCAUUGAAGAAGCUCUGGCUUUUGUUGGGGAUGUACGUGAUGCAAGUCGCUUUGUUUCUCCUGAAAACCUUUAUGGUGCAUCUCAAUGUCUAUCUGGAGAGAAUCAUGUCAGGCAUGAAGAGAAGGAGUCUAACAUUGCGAUCAAAGUUCUCAUUUCAGGUCUUGAUUAUGUGAGGAAAUCCCUUAAAUUGGACCACGUGGGUGGGUUGCUGGGCAAUGCUGCAUUGUUUGCAGUAAGCAUGAUUGUGUUGCUCCAUCUGCAUCCGGAAGCUUACAAGGAGCAUCCAUAUAAGCAAGAACUUAUCUACGACAAUAGAAAUGUAAGGAAAGCUCCUCAGGCUGAGAGAUCUUCAUCCAGUGUUAAUUUGGAUCACUUGGAUGUGAUGUUAGCCAGGGGUUGAAAUCUACAGGCUUGAAAAUUUUCAGUUUUAGCAAAGAAUGGGAAGCCGUGAUGUUAUUAUUGAAGUUGUUUAGUUAUUUUUCGAUUUCUUCCCACAAAAUCCACUUAGUUUGCAAGAGUGUUAGCAAGCUAGUAUGAUUUGAUGCCAUUUUUUUUUAUUGCCAUAUCAAUUGAGACGGCAGAUUCUUGUUGACGAGCAGCGGAUUUGAGGUGCCAAUAGCAAUAGUGGACUUGUGAUUGUUGAUAA